AUGGGCCACUAUAUCACGAAGGAAGUGAAGCAGCUGGCAUUGAAGAUGAGCCUCGAACGGCACCUGUCGGACAAGUGGAUCCGCGACUGUACCGGCAUAAGUCGACGGACACUCAAGAGGCUGCGCAAGCUGUACAGAGACACUGGAGAGGUCAUUCGCAAGCCUUUCGCGACUGGUCGCCCACGGAUCCUCGAUGGGCUAGAUGCAAGUUUUGUUGAAGGAUUGGUAGAGCGGCAGCCAGACAUUAGCCUUAUCGAGCUU